AUGAGCGCUUAUGAACGGUACAAUGGCUGGUCUCGUGCGCAGCUUCUUCGCAGAAUUAUGCAGCUCGAGGCAGGAGAAGUGCUGACCCCAGAGCCAAAUGUCGGUCCUACAGCGCAGGGCAUCUACACACACGAAGCUGAAAAGGCCAAAUCUAAGAAGCCUCGGCCAUAUGAUGUGUCCGCGCAGGCGAGCCGAAAAAUUGCUCUGCGCUUUUGCUACGACGGCGCUUACUACUCGGGCCUUGCUGCACAAUCCUCUCAAGUCACGCCACUGCCUACGGUAGAGGAGACCAUAUGGGACGCAAUGUGCAUUGCUCGACUUGUGGACCCUGAAAAAGGUAUGGAAGGUGCGGGAUGGAGCCGGUGCGGUCGUACGGACGCUGGUGUGAGUGCUGCUGGGCAGGUUGUCGCGCUUUGGGUCCGCAGCAGAUCCAUGGACGAGCGGACUAUUCGGUCACGUAAUGAAGAAACGCCUGUCAAGGACGAGCUUGAUGCAAUGCCCGUUCGUAUCUCUGAGGAAGAGGAGCUGCCGUAUGUGGCCACCCUGAACCGACUGCUACCCCCCACGAUCCGUAUCCAAGCAUGGUCGCCAGUUUCGCCACAUUUUUCUUCCAGGUUUGAUUGUCAGUACAGGCACUACAAGUACUUUUUCACGCUCGGAGCACCGCAUUCAUUGACAUGGCAGCGGCAAAGCAGUUCACAUUUUCCAAAACGCCUGGACAUCACGCGCAUGCGAAAAGCAGCGGCGCGGCUGGUAGGCGAGCAUGACUUCCGCAACUUGUGUAAAGUAGAUGCGAGCAAGCAGAUUACCAACUUUGUGCGCCGCAUCGACGGCGCAACCAUCGACGAGGUUGCGGUUGGCUGGCCCACGACGCAGGAAGCGCCUGUACACUUGCCCGUGACGCCCGCGAACGAGCCCAUGUUUGUGCUCAAUUUGCGUGGAUCUGCAUUUCUGUACCACCAGGUGCGCAAUAUUGUCGCGGUAUUAUUUAUGGUCGGCGCUGGCCUAGAAGAACCAACCAUCAUGGAUGCGUUGAUCAAUGUACGCCCAGGCGCAGUGCUUCAAGACCAUGCACGCACGAUUAACUGGAUCCUAUCCUUACCAGAUGAUGCCACGCCCGACAAAAUCCUUUUUCGUGCACUAGGCACGCCAGCAAACGAUCUGACUGUAUUCGAGACGAAGCCCAGCUACGAAAUGGCCGCGGAUCGCCCACUGAUGCUGUGGGAAUGUGGCUUCCUACCCACACAUGUUUCGUGGCGUGCAGAUACCUAUGACGGGCCUUUUGACGCAAUUUCUUCUGCAAAAGAAUACACGCCGACACUAAAGGCAACGUCCCAGCUUCAUGCGCAAUGGACACAGACGAGCAUCCACGCGGAGCUUUAUCGGCAUUUCGUCUUGUCCAGCGCAUCUACCAAAACAUCCGCAUUACCUUCACAAUCUACAUUUGCAGCGGCAUGCACGCCCAUGGUACCUGCGCCUGCUGACCAAGAACCCUCUAAGCAGGGAGUACAAUUGGUACCGCUUGGGAAUGGUGCGACGCGACCUACCACGCGCUACAUCCCACUCACUAUGCGCCCGCGUGAUGUCUCCUACGAAGUGAAAAACGAGAAAUGGCGCACGGGCAAAGGGAAACGACGCGCAGAGAAAAAAGCAGCCAGUGGGGCCGCGCAGGACUGA